AGAUGGGACUGUCUAUAAUGAUAGACAAAUGAAAGAUUUUCUCAAGAUUCUUAUUCAUCUACUUUUUAUUUUGAAAAUGGGUUGGUUGAACUUGAAAAUUAACUCAUUGAAAUUGAAUAAGUAAACAAUUAAAUUGGAUUCGGUUGGAUGGUACUAACAAAAUCGUGUGCUAACUCUCCUUUCUUUUGAAUUAACCGAUCAACUUGACAUCGGAGAUUUAUUUUGAAUGCGAUCCUGUUCGCAAAAAAUUUCGAGAUUUUUUACUUUAUUGUUAUAUUAUGAAUAUGAGAAUGAAUCCUACUACUUCUGGUUCUGGGGUUACCACGCUUGACAAAAAGACACUGGGGCGUAUCGCCCAAAUCAUUGGUCCGGUACUAGAUGUAGCCUUUCCGCCAGGCAAAAUGCCUAAUAUUUAUAACGCUCUGGUAGUUAAGGGUCGAGAUACUGCUGGUCAACCAAUUAAUGUGACUUGUGAGGUACAGCAAUUAUUAGGAAACAAUCGAGUUAGGGCCGUAGCUAUGAGUGCUACAGAUGGUCUAACGAGAGGGAUGGACGUAAUUGAUACGGGAGCUCCACUAAGUGUUCCGGUCGGUGGAGCGACUCUCGAACGAAUUUUCAACGUGCUUGGCGAGCCUGUUGAUAAUUUAGGUCCUGUAGAUACUAGUACAACAUUUCCUAUUCAUAGAUCUGCGCCUGCCUUUAUACAGUUAGAUACAAAAUUAUCUAUUUUUGAAACCGGAAUUAAAGUAGUAGAUCUUUUAGCCCCUUAUCGCCGUGGAGGAAAAAUCGGACUAUUCGGGGGAGCUGGCGUGGGUAAAACAGUACUCAUUAUGGAAUUGAUUAACAAUAUUGCCAAAGCUCACGGAGGCGUAUCUGUAUUUGGCGGAGUCGGUGAACGGACUCGUGAAGGAAAUGAUCUUUACAUGGAAAUGAAAGAAUCUGGAGUAAUUAAUGAAAAAAAUAUUCCAGAAUCAAAAGUAGCUCUAGUUUACGGUCAGAUGAAUGAACCGCCGGGAGCUCGUAUGAGAGUUGGUUUGACUGCCCUAACUAUGGCGGAAUAUUUCCGAGAUGUUAAUGAACAAGAUGUACUUUUAUUUAUUGACAAUAUCUUCCGUUUUGUCCAAGCAGGAUCUGAAGUAUCCGCCUUGUUGGGUAGAAUGCCUUCCGCUGUGGGUUAUCAACCUACCCUUAGUACCGAAAUGGGUUCUUUACAAGAAAGAAUUACUUCUACCAAAGAAGGGUCCAUAACUUCUAUUCAAGCUGUUUAUGUACCUGCAGAUGAUUUGACCGACCCUGCUCCUGCUACGACAUUUGCACAUUUAGAUGCUACUACCGUACUAUCAAGGGGAUUAGCCGCCAAAGGUAUCUAUCCAGCAGUAGAUCCUUUAGAUUCAACGUCAACUAUGCUACAACCCCGGAUCGUUGGUGAAGAACAUUAUGACACUGCACAAGAGGUUAAGCAAACUUUACAACGUUACAAAGAACUUCAAGAUAUUAUAGCUAUUCUUGGAUUGGACGAAUUAUCCGAAGAGGAUCGUUUAACGGUAGCAAGAGCGCGAAAAAUUGAGCGUUUCUUAUCACAACCUUUUUUUGUAGCAGAAGUAUUUACGGGUUCUCCGGGAAAAUAUGUUGGUUUAGCAGAAACAAUUAGAGGCUUUCAAUUAAUCCUUUCCGGAGAAUUAGAUGGUCUUCCUGAACAGGCUUUUUAUUUGGUAGGUAACAUCGAUGAAGCUACGGCGAAGGCUAUGAACUUAGAAAUGGAGAAAGUGAAAGAAAUCAUUUUAUCUACUAAUAGUGGACAAAUUGACGUAUUACCAAAUCACGCUCCUAUUGCCACAUCAGUAGAUAUAGGUAUUUUGAGAAUACGCCUUAACGACCAAUGGCUAACGAUGGCUCUGAUGGGCGGUUUUGCUAGAAUAGGUAAUAAUGAGAUCACUGUUUUAGUAAAUGAUGCAGAGAAAAGUGGUGACAUUGAUCCACAAGAAGCUCAGCAAACUCUUGAAAUAGCGGAAGCUGCUUUGAGAAAAGCUGAAGGAAAGAGACAAACAAUUGAGGCAAAUCUAGCUCUCCGACGGGCUAGGACACGGGUAGAGGCUAUCAAUGCGAUUUCAUAACCACUAGGUGCGUCCGAAUAAUCAUCGAUUUAUACACUUAUACACCCUUUGGGUGUUUUGUUUGACUUGAUUCUGUCGAGUAAAUACAAUCAAGCAAAAUCAGAUUUUGAUGCAACGAAAAAGAAAUAGAAAAGAUAAAAAAUCAAUAUCACUAAAAGAAAAUGGGUAUAAAAACUUAUUAGAUACCAUGGACCGCGGUAUCUAAUAAGUUCUACCUACUAUUGGAUUUGAACCAAUGACUCCCGCCGUAUGAAAGCAAUACUCUAACCGCUGAGUUAAGUAGGUCAUUUAUCUUCACAAAGAAAACCAAAAGGGACUCAUCCCAUCGA